AUGAGGACCGACGGCAACAAACGUCCCGCCAUCGACUUGACGCUAUGCGACGCGCCUCUCAAGCGACAGCGCGCGUUCUACGAAGAUUCCGACAACGACGAAGACCGCGACGUCCAGGAGAAGAGCGCAGCGACCACAGCGCUGGACUUGAUCCAACAGAGUCGACGACGUCUCGAGACGUCCAGCGAGCCCUCGUCAUUGGUCAAAAAGAAACCCCACAAGCCAUUUCCAGGCCAUUUUUUUCGUCAAAAACCAUCAGCUAAGGACUCUCCUGAGGCAGCGGAUCUACUUGCAAGUGCAAAUGACAAAGUGUUUGGCAAUCAAGGCUUUCGAACGAACCAGAGACAGGUGAUCGAAGCCACGAUGCGCGGUCAGGACUGCUUUGUGCUCAUGCCGACAGGAGGUGGCAAAAGUCUGUGCUACCAGCUGCCGGCCGUGCUGUCCAAGGGCGUGACGAUCGUCGUGUCGCCGCUGCUGUCGCUGAUACAGGACCAAGUGACGGCCUUGGUGCAGAAUGCAAAGUGUGGCAUACCUGCUGCAUUUUUGACGAGUCAGACUGUCCUGACGCUCAAGAGGUCCAUCAUGGCUGAACUGAGACGACCGAUACCAAGUGUCAAAAUGCUGUAUUUGACACCGGAAAAAAUUGUCAAGUCGGACGAGAUGAUGGAAGCACUGCAGACUUUGUAUCGCAAUGGAGCACUCGCGCGGUUCGUGAUCGACGAAGCGCACUGUGUUAGUCAAUGGGGACACGACUUUAGACCGGAAUAUAGCCAGCUGGGGUUGCUCAAAAAGACUUUCCCAGAUGUCCCGCUCAUGGCCUUGACAGCGACCGCACCGCCUAAGGUGAUUCAGGGUGUGCAGCGCUCGCUGCAUAUCUCAAAGGGAUUGGUGUUUUCAAUGAGCUUUAACAGAAAGAACCUCACAUUUGAGGUUCGUGAGAAACCUCUCGGCAGCGAUGCAAAGGCCAUGGACGCACUGUACCAGCUCAUUUCGACGACGUAUCCACCCGAUGCGGUAGGUAUCGUGUACUGCAUGACGAAGCAAGAUAGCGAAGAUGUGGCGGACUACCUAUUCGACCGCGGACUGAGCGCUGACUUUUACCACGCCGGGCAGUCGGCAACUGAUCGACACAUGGUGCAAGAAGCGUGGCAGAAUGGGCAGCUCAGUAUUGUCUGUGCUACGAUCGCUUACGGCAUGGGCAUUAACAAGGCCGACGUGCGCUUUGUGAUCCACUUUUCGGUAGCCAAGUCCAUUGAAGGCUACUACCAAGAAGCAGGGCGCGCGGGGCGAGAUGGUGAGCCAUCGCAGUGCAUCAUGUUCUACAGCCCGCGCGACGCGUCCAAGUUGCGCAGUAUCCUCUACAUGCCUCAAAAGGGCAUGACCAAAAAGACACGUGCCGUGCACGUGGAGAAGCUCCGACUUAUGGCCAAGUACUGUGAGGACGACUCGACCUGUCGUCGUCAGCAGCUCAUCUCGUACUUUGGCCAAAAGUUUGAGCGUUCUGAGUGCAAUCGAACGUGCGACAACUGCCGCCGUACCCAGCGCAUCACCACGGCUCAUCCAAGCCGCUGA